AUGCAAAAUGGGGCCACUAAGGUCCCCAACACUCUGGGAUCAAGGCGAGCAAUAACGGCACGUGGAUAUACUUUCGUCGAGGAAGGGGAUAUCAUUAUAAUACAGGAGUCCCUUUCCCCAGCAGAAGUCAAGGCCUUGCUCAUUGAGAGCCAGGAACCUCCUGAAGCGAAAAGUUCAACACAAAACUCCAGUCAGCAUCUCGCUGAGAGGAUUUUCAUUGAUGUUGAAGAGCAAGGGCCAGUCCCCGAUUUCCUUGGACAUGCGAUGCCGAUAUCGAAUGGUUUCAAUGGAGACUACUUCGGCAGAGGUGGUGCUAAGGACUCACUCAUGAGAUCUUGGGUUAAUCAAGUGUUGGUAUCAGACGUCCAUGGUUUGAACCUUCAUGAAAAGCAAGCCCGUGUCAUUUGCUCUACUCGAGCAUCAUCAGACUCGUAUAGAGCUUGGUUUAACCCUACCUUAUGGCUCGAAGGCCAAGCCACACGUUCGGAUCUCUUUGAUAUCGGGUAUGCUGAAUAUUACCAGGACUUUGCGAGGUCGCAUAGCUUUACACUCAACUCUUUGGGCUAUCGUGGCAGGCCGAAGCGCGAUGUGAAAUUCCGAUGGGUGCAUCUAGAGAGUCUUUCGUCAAACUUUCAAAUGCUUGAGCAUCUUGUCGCCGAGUGCCCUUUCAUCUCCAAGCCUCUCAGAUCAGUUGCCCUGAAGGUCCUUCUAGAAGCGAGCCAGCAAUGCUCUAAACCAGAUGCUUCAAAAUCACAAAUCGACACAGGGAAUGUCAUACGAUAUAUAGGACGCCACCGAGUACAUUCAUUAUCUAGGGAUACUGAUACCCGGGAUACCCAGCCUGUGAUAUUUGUCUCAACGCCCUACCUGCUUAUGGCACAAAAGCCACCAGCAGCCCCUGUUUCAGGAGAAACCCGGAAGAGAAACCUCAUUGAAUUCCUCUAUGGUAGCGAAUCUGGAUCUUUUCAACAGCCAUGGUUGGACCGCUCAACUGCGAAUGGUUUUAAGUAUAGCAUUGCAGGCAUGCUAGAAGUGCCCGAAGCCAGCUUCCUUUUGAUAGGUUCCGAUGAGACUAGAACUCGCCGCAGCGACCUAGUUAUUGAGAAGGAAUGCAGCCAUGAGAGCUUUGUGCACAAGGCUUUUGGUCUCCCCCGUAACGACAGAUUAAGUCUUGGUUCAUACAUAUUGGUUGAUGAACACGAUCGCCUUGUCAACGAUUCGGUUUGGCACAAUUACCUCAAGUCGGGAGAAGUGGAGCGACACGUCUUCCGUUUGACGAAAACCCCUUCAGCGUUUCCAGCAGAACAUAUCAAGGGUUCAUCCACAGGUUCUGUUGGUUUUAAGGAAACAAGCACAGAUGUGUCCAAUCAUCAGGCAAUAGCUCUAGAGCCAUCUCAUACUCGAAUAUAUAAGAGCGAGCUGUUGCGCCCAAACGAACUCUCCUUCAGUAUUUCGAACAAUGAGAUCGAAGUGUGUACCACUUACAUGAGCGGCAUGUCAUAUGUUAUCAAGCCAAAAGAGUCACGACUGUCCUGGAUGAUCCUUGCUCGAGCUGGGUUGCGCAACUUCAAAACAGGCAUGCAGCAUUCGGCAGAUGAGGGAUUAUCAGCUAUCCAUGCUAAGAUGAUUGAAAUUAACCAAAAGAUACACGAACAGCUGGACCUUGCAACACGCGACAUCAUGGUGUCGGGAACAAGUAGAGGCGACAAUGAUCAGCUGAUAGUAUCUGACAUAGGUCCCGAGUUCCUACUGGCAAACCUCAUCAGCAAUUUGCAGAAUCAUACUGCAAUGGAUCAGACAGGUCAAUCGCUAGAUAUUAUUCAGCAUUAUCGUCGAGUAUCAUCCGGCCUUCAGUACAUUGCUGUGCGAGACCCAAGAAGACGACGGUUCUUGGAAAUCUCAGCUCUUGAAGAAGAAACUGACGCUUUGCGUGCAGUUAUCGAGAUACAGAGGCGAAUGGCCAAAACACUCAAGAGGAUCCUGAGCCCUGAUUUCUUCCGGAAUGGGACGACAGAUGAUGAAUAUCUCGAGAACCGACGCAAGAGGCACCUAUUGGAAAGCGAGCACCUAGGAAGACAAACCCAGAAGCUAUCUGAGAAUAUCAGGACUCUAGAGACAUUACUGGGCAUUGCCCAAGUAACGAAAUACAAGAUGAAGCAAGUACUAGAGGUACUUGACGAAGGGCAUGGAAAAGCCAUUCGUGUUUUCACUUUCGCGACGCUGUUCUUUCUUCCAAUGUCUUUCGUCACGAGUUUCUUUGGCAUGAAUACAACCGAUGUCAGAGACAUAGGAUGGGACCAAAGGCUGUUUUGGUCGUCGGCGAUUCCGUUGACUGUUGCAGUUAUGUCUUUGGCUUUGGUCUAUGGAUACAAAUGGGAUACAGUCUUGGAGUUCCGUGAUAAGGUGUUCAAAUCACAUGAGCCUUACCAGUUCCACUCGAUCAUUAAUCAAGAUGUCACCACUUUUACAGAGGAAAGAAAUGGCCAGACUAGCAUUCCUAUCCGUCCUUCCGCAUCACCAAAACGGUCGAGGCUAUGGGUGAGUGGCGUUGAGAGGCUCAGGGUUGGACUCUGGAGAAAGCGGGAAGCAGGUGGAAGACAGACAACCAACGAGUCUCAGGUGUAA